AUGCAACGUUUUCAUUCUUGUAGAUUUCCUUUCGGCUAUUAUCGCCGCUCAUAUUCAUUCUUCUUUCCUUUCUUUCUUUCUUUCUUUCUUUCUUUCUUCCAAACCACUGAACUCAUUUUCUGCAGUGCCCUGCCUUCAGCAUGGUCCCAUCAACCAUCGAAAACCCAUUUAUCAUCAUUGGACGCCAUUUGCCCCUGUUACCUCAUUUUCAUCCUUCGCUCAUUUCCCAUUACAACUACUCAAAUAGUUAUCCAAUCUCUUUUUCCUACUUUACUAUUGCUUAUUCCUCAUUUCUAUCUAUCUAUCUAUCUAUCUAUCUAUCUAUUGUUAGCUUGUGAUAUUUAUGCGUGUGUGCGUGCGCGUGUCCUCAGACUGAUCGUUAUGCAUUUUCCACGAUUGGCAGGCAUUGGAGUACAAGCUGAAAUGCAGAUUUUAAUUUCGCUUUCAUUUCAAGAGGAAUAA